GAUCGGCUUGCAGUCAAAACAGCAAACUCAUUAAUGGGAUCCUCAAGGAUGAGCUAGGCUUUCAGGGCUUCGUGCUAACUGACUGGCUAGCCCAUCUUGGUGGUGUCUCAUCUGCUCUAGCCGGCUUGGAUAUGAGUAUGCCUGGAGAUGGUGCCAUACCGCUAUUUGGAGGUAGUUACUGGGGUAAUGAAUUGUCUCGCUCGGUUCUGAACGGGACAGUCCCGGUUGAACGGCUAAAUGAUAUGGUAUGUAGUUCAUUUACGCGGUCGAACGAUAUCUGACAGACCUAGGUUACUCGCAUUCUGGCGGUAUGGUUCAAGAUGGGUCAAGACCAGGAUUACCCGCUCCCGAAUUUCUCCAGUAACACGGAAGACGAGAAGGGGCUUCUCUACCCGGGCGCCCUCUUUUCUCCCAGUGGUGUUGUUAACCAGUUCGUUAAUGUCCAGGCGGACCACCACGUCACUGCACGCGCAGUCGCCCGCGACGCAAUUACGCUGUUGAAGAACGAAGGCAAUAUACUCCCGCUGAGGUGGAAUGACUCGCUGAAGAUCUUCGGCACAGACGCAGGGCCAGAUCCGCAGGGACUGAACUCUUGCGCUGACAAGGCGAGUCUCGCUGUCCUUUAAUACCCGAUUCGUCUAAUAGGUAUUAGGGUUGUAACCGAGGUGUCCUGACUAUGGGCUGGGGAAGUGGCACGGCCAAACUUCCAUAUGUCAUUACUCCGCAGGACGCUGUCGCAAAUAUCUCAUCCACGGCGGAAUUUUAUCUGACUGACAGCUUCCCUUCGUCUGCCGAAGCCAACCCGAACGACAUUGCAAUUGUCUUUAUCAACUCCGACUCUGGUGAGAACUUCAUCACAGUCGAAGGUAACCCAGGAGACAGAAAAUCCUCAGGCUUGCACGCCUGGCACAACGGCGAUGACCUUGUCAAAGCCGCCGCCAAGAAAUUCUCCAAGGUUAUUGUAGUCAUUCACACCGUGGGCCCCAUCAUCCUAGAAGAAUGGAUUGACCUUGAGCCUGUCAAAGCCGUCCUCAUCGCCCAUCUACCCGGUCAAGAGGCCGGAAACUCUCUGACAGACGUUCUGUUUGGCGACUACAGUCCCAGCGGCCAUCUUCCGUACACGAUCCCAUAUCAGGAGUCCAACUACCCGUCCAGCGUCGGCCUCCUCCAGCAACCCUUUGGCCAAAUCCAAGACGACUAUACCGAAGGCCUUUUCAUCGACUACCGCCACUUUCUAAAGGAGCAAAUCACACCUCGCUACCCCUUCGGCCACGGACUCUCCUACACAACCUUCAAGUUCGCUGAACCUUCCAUUUCAGUAGUCACACCCCUAGACACCGCAUACCCGCCCUCUCGUCCAGAUAAGGGACCUACCCCCACAUACCCUACAACAAUCCCACCACCCUCGGAAGUCAUCUGGCCUUCUAGCUUGGACCGAAUCUGGCGCUACCUCUACCCCUACCUCAACGCCGCCGAAGCAAACUCCGCUGCCGCCGUCGCAAAUUCAUCAAAGAAAUACCCCUACCCAGACGGCUACAGCACAACGCCCAAGCCCGCACCGCGCGCCGGCGGCGCCGAGGGCGGGAACCCAGCGCUCUGGGAUAUUGCGUUCGCCGUCGACGUAACAGUAACAAACACAGGGCAUCGACCGGGUCGUGCCGUUGCGCAAUUGUACGUCCAACUCCCUGAGAGUCUGGGACUCGAGACACCGCCCCGGCAGCUGAGGCAGUUUGAGAAGACGAGGAUAUUGGAGCCUGGUGAGAGUGAGACGGUUACCCUGGAGGUUACGAGGAAGGAUGUGAGUGUUUGGGAUGUUGUUGUGCAGGAUUGGAAGGCGCCUGUUCGGGGAGAGGGAGUGAGGAUUUAUGUUGGGGAGAGUGUGCUUGACGAGAGGGUUGUCUGUGAGGUUGGGAAUGGGUGUUCUACGCUAUAAGGUUGGGUAUGCGAUGAUUUAUUAGGGGGAUAUGUGGUAUAUAAUCUGAUUAAUCGUGAUAGGUAUAUAGUGCCUAUUGUCUCCGCUGUUUGCGUUUACUAAUGAUAUUUUGGCUGUCCGACGUAU